GGAAACAGGGCAGGAGAGAGAGGUCAUAACGAAGAGGAAAAGAGACAAGAGAGGCAGCAGGAGACAAACGGCUUGUUUUUUCAGUCUUUUUAUUUUGUUUUGUUUCGUUUCGUCCCUCUGGAUCACCUGGAUUACUUCUACUCUCUGCAGAAAGUAACUUCUCAUAAUUGGACCCUCAGCAUCUUCCUUGCCUAUAUGUUUGCAUGUGUGCAAUAUCUGCACUUAUACAGAUCAGAGAGCAUCCACCUGAGAGAGACGCAGGCAGAUGAUGGAACCUGCACACCUCUCCCUUGCACUCUCCUUCCUCGUCUUCUCUCCUGUGAGUGGCCAGUGGUGGAGUUUGUUCUGGGGAAAUCCUAAAACCACCACCAUUCCUCCUUCAGUUACCUCUCCAACCGUGACUUACCCAAGAUUUUCUGACACCCCGGGCACAACACCAGUGUGGUCAGUAAAAGUGGACGAGGUGCUGGUGAAUGCUGUGGAGGGUGUUCACACAGAAGGGUCUGUUUUGACACCCACUCAGCCCAGCUCAGCAGUGUCACCAUCUGGUUUCACUACUGCAGAUCACUGGACAUUUCCUACAGGGAAGACUGCAGGUGGAGACAGUAAAAGUGGGUCUUCGGACAAACCCCUGAAACACUGGAGAAAUGAGCAAGGCUCAGGAAGUUAUCUGAACCUAACGGACUUAAUUGGCUUCCCCCUCCCUCCCUCUGUGUCCUUCACUGCUGGCUUUGAGGGUCAUCCAGCCUACAAAUUUGGGUCUCAAGCCAAUGUCGGCCGACUCACCAAAACCUUUGUGCCGGGAUCGUUCUACCGGGACUUUGCUAUCAUCGUCACGGUGCGCCCAGCUAGCCAGAGAGGAGGCAUGCUCUUUGCCAUCACAGAUGCCCAACGGAAGGUGGUGAAGCUGGGUUUGGCCCUCACUCCAGUUCGCGAGGGCCUCCAGAGCAUCUUACUGUACUACACUGACCAGGAGCAGGCCUCCCACAGCCACAAAGCGGCUGCCUUUAGCGUCCCGGAUAUGACUGACCAGUGGACACGAUUCACGGUGGUGGUGGAGCAUAAUGAGGUCCGUCUCUACUUGGACUGUGGAGAGGCCGAGAGUAAGGACUUCCAUCGUGGGCCAGAGAAACUCACCUUUUCACACAAUUCAGGCAUUUUUGUAGCUAACGCAGGAAGCACGGGGCUUGACAAGUUUGUGGGUUCGAUUCAGCAGCUGGUCAUAAAAGAUGAUCCAAGAGUGGCUGAGGAGCAGUGUGAAGACGAUGAUCCUUAUGCCUCGGGGUACGCCAGUGGAGACGAGGCUUUGGAUGACAGAGAGACAGAGAAAGACCCGAGGAAGACCACACAGGAGGAGGGUGUUCCCGUUAGUGCUCCGCCCACUGAUGCUCCAGAGGAGUUUGAGGACUUUUCUCCUCACAUGGGUCCAACAGAAGUCCGAGGGGACCUGAUGACAGGGCUACACCGAACAGAGGAAGCGGGAGAGCAGCCACAGGGUGGUGAUGUCAGGUUAAAAGGAGAGCGCGGUGAUCCUGGCCCGCCUGGCCCACCUGGUCCACCAGGUCCUCCCAGUGUAUUCAGAGAGACUAACCUUGGAACAUCUGGCCCACAGGGACCACCAGGAUCUCCUGGGCUGCCAGGGAAAGAUGGACACAAGGGAAGCAAAGGUGAUAAAGGAGAUCCAGGCCAAAAAGGGUCUCAAGGAUUUCCAGGCUUGAACGGAGAAGUUGGAGCUAAAGGAGAGAAGGGAGACCCGGGAGUUGGUUUACCAGGCCCCCCUGGCCUUCCUGGACCCCCUGGACCCCCCAGAUCACGCAGUGUACCUUAUGGACCAGAUGCCCUGGGUUCUGGGUUUGAAGACCUGGACAGCGAUGCAGAACUCAUCCAGGGUCCUCCCGGUCCACCGGGCCCUCCAGGACCUCCUGGUCCCCCUGGACCCCACCUGUCCUCAUCUGCCACCACUGAAGGACUUUCUCCUGGGCAUGCUGGACCACCUGGUUCACCUGGCAGUGAUGGCCUUCCAGGCAAACAAGGAGUACCAGGUCCAGCAGGAAAAGAUGGUCCUCCAGGUUCACCUGGGGCUGCAGGCGAGAAGGGUGAGCAAGGCCUACCUGGGCCUCCUGGGCCAAAGGGUGAAAGUGGGUCAAUGGGUGUCCAAGGAAUUCCAGGGCCUCAAGGGCCUAUUGGUCCAGAAGGAAAGAGAGGCCUUCCAGGCCCACCAGGACCUCCUGGCCCACCAGGGCCUCCAGGAACCAAAUUCUUUGCAGAGGAUAUGGAGGGAUCUGGCAUGACUGAUCAGAUUACUGGAGCUGGAGUCAGAGGCCCACAGGGUCCACCUGGCCCUCCAGGACCACAGGGUAAGGAUGGAGCACCAGGAGCUCCAGGGCUCUCUGUCAAGGGUGAACCAGGAGAACCAGGACCAGAGGGUCUUCGGGGUCCUGCUGGACUACCAGGUCCUAGGGGGGCCAAAGGAGAAAAAGGCAGUCCAGGACUCAAGGGUGAAAGAGGAGCUGAUGGCCUCAGUAUCCAAGGACCACCUGGGCCUCCUGGGGCUCCUGGACCUGUCAUUAAUGUACAUGAUCUGCUCUAUAAUGUUACAGAGGGUAUCUUCAACGUCACAGAGAUCAGAGGACCACCCGGGCCUACGGGUCCUGAGGGAUUGCCUGGCAGAGCUGGAUUUCCCGGCCCCAGGGGACCAAAGGGAGACAUAGGACCUACAGGUAUCCAGGGCCCCCCAGGGCUUAAGGGAGAGAAAGGAGAACCAGGGGUGACAAUUGCUGCUGAUGGAUCUCUCCUGUCUGCACCAAGAGGCCCUCAAGGGCCCAAAGGCACAAAGGGUGACCAUGGCUUCCCAGGACCUGCUGGACUUACGGGUCCAAUAGGACCUCCUGGACAAAAAGGAGAAUAUGGUUUCCCCGGGCGACCAGGGCGACCUGGUAUCCCGGGGAGAAAAGGUGACAGAGGAGAUUCUGUUGGCCUACCGGGACCCCCAGGUCCUCCCGGCCCACCUGGACUUCCAGGAAGAAUUAUUGGUCUGAAUGGAGAGUCAAUGACAAGGGGACAUUCAGCUGGACCUAAAGGAGACAAAGGAGAUGAGGGAUUACCUGGGGAGCCAGGAACUCCUGGGCUCACAUUUCCAGAUGUGGGGACUAAAGGUGAUCAGGGAUACAAAGGUCAGAAGGGAGAAAAAGGGGAUGCGGGCCUGCCUGGUCCUCCGGGGAUCCCAGGGAGGUCAGGACUUGUGGGUCCGAAAGGCGAAUCCAUUGUUGGUCCAAUGGGUCCUACUGGUUCUCCUGGUCAGCCUGGACCUCCAGGAUUUGGACGGCCUGGACCUCGAGGUCCGUCUGGCCCUCCUGGGCCCCCAGGACCACCCCCUCCAUACGGAUCAACUGUCAGUGUCCCCGGCCCUCCCGGUCCUCCUGGUCCACCAGGCUCUCCAGGAUAUGCAAACUUUGUUACCAGCUAUAAGACAAUCCACGCCCUCACCCAAGAGGCACACCAUGCUGCUGAAGGUACCUUGGCAUAUGUGUCUGAAAGGGGAGGCGAGCUGUACAUCCGAGCACGCAAUGGUUGGCACAAGAUCCAGCUCGGAGAGUUGAUCCAUUAUGAACCUUCAUCAGACACAUCUCAGUCCCUCAGCAGACCCGGAGAAUGGAGUAGAGCCCACAGGAUACACAGCCAGGAGCUGCAGGAGGGAAGCAGAGGAUACCAGCACAGUUAUAACCUGCUACCACAGCAUUUCAAUGCAGUCUCUGGGCUUCAUCUCGUAGCACUGAAUGCCCCGCUCAAAGGAGAUAUGCGUGGCAUCCGCGGAGCAGACUUCCAGUGUUACCAACAGGCACGCGCCGUGGGGCUCACCUCCACAUACAGAGCCUUCCUGUCAUCACACCUUCAGGACCUGGCAACCAUUGUCAGAAAGGCUGACCGCAAUGAUAUGCCCGUGGUUAAUCUGAGGGGUCAAGUGUUGUUCAAUAGUUGGAUGUCCAUCUUCUCUGGGAACGGAGGCGUGUUUGAUCCAUCCACACCCAUCUACUCCUUUGAUGGACGCAAUAUAAUGAGUGACUCGGCUUGGCCAGAGAAGCUGGUUUGGCAUGGCUCCAGCACCACGGGCAUCCGCCUGACCACUAACUACUGCGAGGCCUGGAGGACAGCGGACAUGGCGGUGACGGGUCAGGUUGCCCUGCUGCAGACGGGACGACUGUUAGGGCAGCACGUGCGCUCCUGCUCCAACCACUAUGUAGUGCUGUGUAUAGAGAACACAUAUGUGGGCAACAUGCAUCAGAGGAGGAACUGAGCAAACAAACACACACACAUAAACACAUGCAGGCAUGAUCUAAGUAGAAGAUGUGACACAUGAAUGGGAAACAUAUGCGGGCACAUACGCACAUAAUGAUGUACUUCAGCUCCCACAUGCAAACAUACCGAGAAACACUCCCACACUAACAUGCAUUCACAUUUAAAGAGGACUUAUCAUACUCAUUUCCAGCUCCAUAUUUUUAUUUUUGGACUGUGCUAGAGUAACUUUGCUUUAUUCACAAUUCAAAAUAAUCCUUAUUUAUCUUAUACUGAGGAAGCACUUCAGUGCAGCCACGUCCCUUCUAAGAAGUUUCUUCUGAUUGGCUGCCACUCAUAAACACCGAAUUCAGAAUUCAGUAGCAGGUGGGCGGGACUUUUACACUCACAGUCUGAACUGUGAUAUGACGAGAUCCUCUCAAAUUCAUUAAAAGGCCCAGAGACUGAACCUUUGGCCUCAUUAUUUGAAACUUUGGUCAUCCUUGUAACACUGUAACAACAAAUAUAUGAUAGAAUUAGGCUUAAAAAUAAGACAAAAAAGGAAGAGCAGUAGGUCCUCUUUAAGUUUUCUUUGUAUUGGUUUCAUGUUUAGUUCCCACUCGAAGCCGGAUUUAAGCCUGCGGGUCUUACAUGUCUGUCCGUGUCUAGAUUUUUCUUAGCCGUCUGCAUCAAACAGGCUACAGUUAUGUAGCAAGGAAAACUUCAGGUGUUCCUGCUACUGAUGAUGGAAUUUUGCCAUUUCUAUUACUGUUACUAGUCCCAUAAAAAAACUAAAACUAACCAUGCAUAAAUUUGUCUGCAAGACCUAGUGAGAAUGAAGGGCUUCAAAUUAAAAUGAGGUCAUAAUCAUAUAUGUACUUUAUUGGAGAUUAAAAAAACAUGUCAGUAUUUUUUUUAAACAGCAGGGGCUGUCAAUUCAAAUAUUAGUCAUAUUGAAACCGUGCUUUCAUUGUGCGCUACGUCUGAUGCUUUUAGUGAGCCUGUGCGUCAGCAGCAGGGCAGUGUAUGCGACAGUGAGUCAAAAUGAACCAAUGUGUGUUUGAGUUCACUGGUACCAAAGUUUCCCAGUACGACUCAUUUUUAAAUUUUCAAGACAUGUUUUAUAUAUAAUUGAUCAACUAUUCAAAAGUAGACAAUAACACAUGAGCACAUUUGAAGCAUGUGGAAACAGCUGUACACACAUCUCUUAGACUUUAGUCACUAACUAAUGACUGAUGUGUCACCAGAAAAUGGCACGAGUGUUAAUUUCUUACAUCCGGGGAUGAAUAACGGAUGAAUGGGGGAUUUGGCAAGGAGGGGAAAAACACUCAACAGACACUUCAUUAGAUAUACUGAUUAAACUAGUCAUCAAUCUCAUGGCAUUAACUCAGUGCCUUUAGGCAUGUAGACAUGGUCAACUGGACUUGAAGUUUAAAACAAACACCAAAAUGUGGAAGAAAGGUGAAAAAAGAAAGGUUUAAGUCUGAAUGUGGCACGGUUGUUGGUAUUUCAGAAACUGCUGAUUUACUGGAUUUUCAGGGUUUAGAGAGACAAGGGUUUAUAGAAAAUUAUGAUAGGUAGACACCAGUAACUCAAAUAGCUAUUUGUUACAAACAAAGGAUGUAGAAGAGCAUCUCUGAACACAUGACAUUAAAGCAGAUUGGCUACAGCAGCAGAAGACCACACCCUCUGCUACUCCUAUUGGCUAAGAACAGGAAUCUGAGGCUACAGUUCACACAGGCUCACAGUAGCAGGCUGGAAAAAUGUUGCCUUGUCUGAUGAGUUUUGAUUUCUGCUUCAACAUUCAGAUGAUAGGUAAUCUCAAACUGAUUUCUUGAACAUGACUAUGAGUUCACCUGAUCCCAAUCUAGUAGAGCACCUUAGACAUGUAGAAUGGGAGAUUCACAUCAUGGAAAUUUGCAGCAGCUCUGGAAAACAGGGUCCAAACUUGUAUUGGCGAAGUGUAACUAAUGACGUGGAUUUGUUUUCCUUUUGAUCAACUGACUUCCACUGCUGCUGGGACUGAGGUUUACAGCUCUUUGAGGAUUUAGCCGACUGCACUCUACGAUAUAUAAAAGCAGUGAUACUAACAAGGACAAUCUUUUUUAAAUUCGUCCUUGAUCUGUCACAGUGUAGCCUGUUGGAUAGCCUUUGUCCUUGUGUUUUCUUCCUUUUUUUAAAAUUAAAUUUUAAUCUGAUAUUGAAAACAUUAAUCUUUUUUUUAAAGCAUGAUAAGACUACAACAAUAAAAAAGUACAGGUGAUACUGAAGGCUUCAGUAUAGGCUAACUGCACUAUGAUGCCCCCUGCUGUAAAACCACCAGUUUUGUUUACGCCAUUUUUUUUCAAAGCUUAGUCCUACAAAUUCGAUUUCUUUUGUUCUGCGUCCUUUAAUAAAACUUCACCAUUAACACAUCUCUUUUGAAGUGACAAUAUUAGAGUGGACAUCAACAUUAAUAUGUACUGUAGCAGGACCUAGCGUGAAAACAGUCAGCUCACAUUCAGAUUUGGUUGUAUGAGGUUGGAACAUGUAUGUAUAUAAAUAUAUAUAUGUAUGUGUGUUGUUCAGGUGUUGUUUAUUUUUUAUUCUGUAGGUUUUGUAUGAAGCACACUAAAAGACUGAAGGCCUCCUCUCACCGCGUUUUUCUGCUGUCUGACUUUAAUGUCGCUGUUCAAACAAAACUUGAGGUUCUGAGGAAAAAACUGACGGUUUGUACUGACUGACUGGUGCUCACUGAAUAAAAUGUCACGUGGUGGUUU